UUUAUGCAAUUUGCUUACGCAGGGAUGACACUUAUUACAAGGGCCGCUUUGACACAUGGGAUGAGCGCUCCUGUGUUCAUUGUCUACAGACAGGCCAUUGCUACUCUAUGUUUAGCGCCCUUUGCGUGGGUUUCCAAACGGAGGUAUGGGGUAAGCUUGGGAUUCAAGAGCUUCUGCCAAAUUUUCAUGGCUGCUUUGAUUGGGGUGACGAUUAAUCAGAAUUGCUACUUCCAAGGCCUGUACUAUUCCUCAUCUGCAACGGCAAGUGCAACGUCCAACCUAAUCCCUGCCAUCACUUUUGCAAUGGCUGCAUCUAUCGGAUUGGAGAAGGUGAACAUUGGAAGCCCUAGGGGCCAAGCUAAGGUUCUUGGAACACUUUGCUGUGUUGGUGGAGCCAUGAUCAUGGCCUUCUACAAAGGCCCCUUGUUAUCAGAUGCACUACGCCUCGACUUUAAGGCACAGAGCCAUGGAUUUCACUCUCUCUUUGAUCCAGCACUACCAGGAGGUGAGAAUUGGACGAUGGGUUGUCUUUUUCUCUUCGGAAGCAGUAUAUGCUGGUCCCUUUGGCUCAAUUUACAGGUUUCAAUGGCUCGAAACUACCCCGAUCCCAUCUCUCAAUCGGCGUGGAUGUGCUUGUUUGCUACAUUUCAAUCAGCCAUUCUAACUUUGUUAGUAUCGGGACCAGACCCAAAUGUUUGGAAACUGAGAUUAGACUUCGAGCUGCUUAGCUGUUUUUACUCGGGGAUCGUAGGAUCAGGAUUGUCCUUUCUCAUCCAAGCAUGGUGCAUCUCGGAAAGAGGUCCAGUCUAUACUGCCAUGUUCAACCCAUUGUGCACAGUAAUUGUCACAAUCAUGGCUUGUUUAUUUCUUCAUGAGCAGCUCUAUCUAGGAAGUAUGGGUGGUGCAAUCUUGGUGGUGUGUGGCCUAUAUGCUGUGCUUUGGGGAAAGUCCAAAGAUUUGGACUCCAACAAAGAGGAGAGGUUAAGAAGCGAACGUUUGAAUACAAGAAUAUCAGGAGAGUUGGAGGAACCAUUGUUAGAUAAGACAUCACAUAACCCUAAAGUAGCUGAGGUCUGAUGCAGCAUGAGAGUUUUUUGUGUGCAUGAUUUUUUGUCCCUUCCCCACAUUAUGAUUGUGCGGAUGUGAGAACCCAAUGAGAAAUUCAAACAAGACAGUGUAGUGAGAUUUUUGUGGUCUUUAGAGCCCGCUUUCAAAAGAUCAUAUGCUUUGUGGAAAAGUGAUGUUUUGCUGUGAUACCAUGUUGGAAAAACUAUAAUAAAUGUGUGGCAGAAUGACAUAAUCGCGCUCUAAUACCACACUGGAAAAU